CUCUUUGUAUAUGGGACUACUUCACUCACGCACACCUCUCUCAAGGAAUCACUCACUCACUCAAGAGCUCUCCUCAAGGCUCUCUCUCUCAUUACUAGAGGAGUCUCUCUCUAGGAUCUCUCUCUUUAUGCCCUCACAUGGCUCUUACUUGAUGCCUCCUCAAAUGUACAAGAGAUAUUUUACAAAUAAAUGGGUAGCUCACAUCACUCUUUCUAUAUAUGAGACUACUUCACUCACACACACCUCUCUCAAGCAAGCACUCACUCACUCAAGAGCUCUACUCAAGGAUCUCUCUCUCUCUCAUCACUUGAGGAGGCUCUCUCUCUAGGCCCUCACAUGUCUCUCACUCAAUGCCUC